UAUGAUCAACUAAAUAAGGGAAGAAUAACCACCAUUAAAUUUGAUAAGAUCACCUCAAUUAGGAGCAUUUCAAGGUCCUCGUAUAGCAGAAUCAAUAAUAAAUCAAUAACCAAAUGUUAUUGGAGGUGGAAUUGAAAAUACAAGACAAUAUUGGAAUGAGAAAGAAUAAAAUUGGUUAAGAUUAAGUGUGAAUUUGAAUCCUUUAGCAUUUGCAAAUUAUGAACUGUUUAAAAGUGCAAAUAUAGAUAUCUCAGAAUCUCCAAAUCCAGUAUAAUGUAUAUUAUGCUUCAUCUUAAAAUUUAUCAUUCUCAUUCUUUAUUUCUUAACUCCUUACUAUCAAACAAUGAAACUAUAUGAAGCAAUAGUUAUAUUGGGAGCAGUUGAUUUUUGGAUAAUCAAAAAUAUUAGUGGAAGGUAUGAAAAUACAUAAAUUAGGAAAAUUAGUUGGACUACGUUGGUGGGUUGAAAUAAAUGAUUUUGGAAAUGAAAGUUGGGUUUUUGAAACAUCAACUUAAGAAAAAGGAGAAAUUUAAAGAAUUCAUAGUAGAAUAUUUUGGUUUGUAUAAUUAUUUAUGUUUUUGAUGUUUGUUGGGAUGUUUAUAAUAAAUGCAUCCUAAUUACAAAUAAGUAUCUCAAUAUGUAUGUUUUUUCCAGCAGCAUUUACAGGAUAUAAUUUAUAUGCUUUUAAUUUAUGUAAUAAGAUUAAAAGAUCAAAAUUAGGAGAAUCAUUUUUGUAAAUGAGUGCUGGAAGAAAAUCAGUCAAAAUGCCAUUAAAAUUAGAAUGA